UGGAGGCGAAGCGGCGAGCACCGAAAGAGAAGUGAUCGCACGCCGAGCACGGAUCUACGCGUUUAUGUCGCAUUUUCGCGAAUUUUUGCAUAUUAUUCGCGCUCUCAGUGAGUGAUCAGUGUUCAAAUAGUUAAUUAACAUACGAAAAUGGCCUCAGAGGAGGAAGUGGACGAAACCUUCGCCGUAGGAGAGGAAGAAGCAGACGAAGCUGGAGUUGCUAUACCAAAUACUGGCCAACCAGUUGCCGAAGGUUCAUCUGAUGCUGAAGAGUCUCAGAGACUGGAGGAAGAUGAUGAUUACGAACCAGAAGAACGAAAAAAGAAAAAAGGAAAGAAGCGAAAAGCUCGUAGUGAAGAUAAGAAAGGGAAAAAAAAGAAGAAGAAGAAAAAAUCUGACUCCGGCGACGAAAGUGAUUUUGCUGGAGCUGAACCUACAGAAGCUGCAGGAGACGACAGUGACUAUGCUGGGAAUCGUAAGAGUCGAAAAUCAUCUUCGCGAAAAUCGUCAGGACACAAUACAUCGGCAGUACAACCUCAAGAGCCCAACACUGGAAUGCCAACGAUAGAAGAAGUCUGUAGUACAUUUGGACUCACUGAUGUACAGAUAGAUUAUUCUGAAGCAGAUUUUCAGAAUCUUACGACUUAUAAGCUUUUCCAACAACAUGUCCGGCCUCUCUUAGCCAAAGAAAACCCCAAGGUGCCUAUGUCUAAGCUGAUGAUGUUAGUAGCUGCAAAAUGGCGAGACUUUUCUGAAUUGAAUCCCAACACUCAACCAGACGCCGAUGCUCCACCUAGUAACAUUGACGAUGACAGCAGAAGCUCUAGAGUUAAUCGUGGGACACUGAUUCAAGAUGUUGAUGAUGAUGAAGAUGAAGAUGAUGACAGUGAUCGGAGAAGAAAAUCUAGGGGUUCUCGCGCGAAAAAGGGAAAGAAGGCUUCCAAAGUUCCUACUCUCAAAAUUAAGUUAGGAAAACGCAAGCGCGGCAGCUCGGAUGAAGAGGCAGAAGGUAGUGGCAUCGGGUCGGACAGAGAUUCGGAUAUGGAGUUUGAGCAGAUGCUCGCUGAUGCAGAAGAGCCUCCUGGAGCAGAUGGCAGAAGUAAGGGGCCCGAAGAGAGUGGUCCGGAGGCUGUCCCAGUAGACCCACCGAUUAGAAGAAAAGCUAAAACUAAGAUCGGCAACAAAACUAAAAAGAAGAAAAAGACGAAGACCACAUCUAAAUUUCCUGAUGGCGAGGAAAGUCUCCAGACUGACCACCAAGAUUACUGUGAGGUCUGUCAGCAAGGUGGUGAAAUCAUAUUGUGCGAUACCUGUCCCAGAGCGUAUCAUUUGGUAUGCCUCGAGCCAGAAUUGGAAGAGACUCCUGAGGGCAAGUGGAGCUGCCCUCACUGCGAAGGCGAAGGUAUUACAGGAGGUGCAGCUGAUGACGAUGACGAACACAUGGAGUUUUGCAGAGUGUGCAAGGAUGGUGGUGAACUCUUAUGCUGUGACAGCUGCACUAGUGCAUACCAUACACAUUGUCUGAAUCCACCCCUUUCAGAAAUACCAGAUGGCGAUUGGAAGUGUCCUAGAUGUUCCUGCCCACCAGUCCACGGAAAAGUGGCUAAAAUCCUAACUUGGAGAUGGUCAGAGUGCCCUGAAACACCCUCAGAAGAACCUUCCACGAGUAAAGCCGCUCCCAAACAACGUAAAAUGCGAGAGUUCUUUGUAAAAUGGGCUGAUAUGUCCCAUUGGCACUGUGACUGGAUCACAGAAUUACAACUGGACGUUUUCCAUCCACUCAUGUUUAGAAAUUAUACACGUAAAUAUGACAUGGACGAACCACCAAAAUUGGAAGAGCCACUUGAUGAAGGGGAUUCUCGUGUAAAACGGUUGCAGCAACAAGACGGAGCUACUAACAGAGAUGAAUAUAACCUAGAGGAGCGAUUCUAUCGAUAUGGUGUAAGGCCAGAGUGGCUAGUAGUUCAUCGAGUGAUUAACCACAGAGUGCAACGAGAUGGCAGAGCAACUUACCUAGUAAAAUGGCGAGAUCUUGGCUAUGACCAAGCUACUUGGGAAGACGAGCAUGCCGAUAUUCCAGGUUUGAAGCAGGCUGUUGAAUAUUACCUUGAUUUGAGGGCUGCGAAUUGCUGUGAUGGAAGUAGUUCUCGCAAAGGCAAAAAAGGCAAAGGCAAAAGGUCUAAAACUCGAGAGAUAAUUGAUGAUGAAGAGAGAACACCCAAAAGAUAUACUCCUCCGCCAGAAAAGCCGACAACUGACUUGAAAAAAAAAUACGAGAGACAACCCGAUUACUUGGAUAUAACUGGAAUGCAGUUACAUCCUUACCAAUUAGAGGGUUUGAAUUGGUUGAGGUAUUCUUGGGGCCAAGGAAUAGACACCAUAUUGGCUGAUGAAAUGGGUCUGGGAAAAACAAUUCAAACUAUCACAUUUUUAUAUUCACUUUACAAAGAAGGGCACUGUAAGGGGCCGUUUCUUGUGUCAGUCCCAUUGUCCACCAUUAUAAAUUGGGAACGUGAAUUUGAAACAUGGGCACCAGACUUUUAUUGCGUUACUUAUGUUGGUGACAAGGACAGUCGAAUUGUCAUACGUGAAAACGAAUUGUCAUUUGAAGAAGGAGCUGUGCGUGGUGGCCGAGCUUCAAAAAUUCGCAGUUCACAAAUAAAGUUCAACGUCUUACUGACCAGCUAUGAACUAAUCUCCAUUGAUUCAGCUUGUCUUGGAUCCAUCGAUUGGGCAGUCUUAGUGGUAGACGAGGCUCACAGAUUAAAGUCUAAUCAAUCGAAGUUCUUCAGAUUACUAGCAUCUUACAACAUUGCCUACAAACUGCUACUGACUGGAACCCCAUUACAAAAUAAUUUGGAAGAACUGUUUCAUUUACUAAACUUCUUAUGCCGAGAUAAAUUCAAUGACUUAGCUGCCUUUCAAAAUGAAUUUGCGGACAUAUCUAAAGAGGAACAGGUCAAGAGAUUACAUGAGAUGCUUGGCCCGCACAUGCUUCGAAGAUUGAAAGCUGAUGUCCUUAAGAAUAUGCCAAGCAAAUCGGAGUUCAUUGUCCGUGUUGAAUUGUCACCAAUGCAAAAGAAGUAUUACAAAUAUAUCUUAACACGAAAUUUCGAAGCGUUGAAUCCUAAGGGCGGAGGACAACAAGUUUCUUUGUUAAAUAUCAUGAUGGAUCUGAAAAAGUGCUGUAAUCAUCCUUACCUAUUUCCUGCCGCAUCUCAAGAGGCUCCGACUGGUCCAAAUGGCAAUUAUGAAUCAUCAGCCUUGAUCAAAGCUGCUGGAAAACUUGUUUUGCUAAGUAAAAUGCUUAAAAGAUUGAGAGAUGGUGGACACAGAGUACUGAUUUUCUCUCAGAUGACAAAAAUGUUAGAUAUUCUUGAAGACUAUUUAGAGGGAGAAGGCUACAAAUAUGAAAGGAUUGAUGGAAACAUUACAGGAACUCAGAGACAAGAAGCCAUUGACAGGUUCAACGCGCCGGGGGCACAACAAUUUGUAUUUCUGUUAUCCACACGAGCUGGUGGUCUUGGUAUAAAUUUAGCCACAGCUGAUACUGUGAUAAUCUACGAUUCAGAUUGGAAUCCGCAUAACGAUAUUCAAGCAUUCAGCAGAGCCCAUAGAAUUGGUCAGGCGAAUAAAGUGAUGAUAUACAGAUUUGUGACCCGUAAUUCUGUUGAAGAAAGAGUUACACAAGUAGCUAAACGUAAAAUGAUGCUCACUCAUUUGGUUGUGCGACCUGGCAUGGGCGGCAAGGGUGCCAAUUUUAGUAAACAAGAAUUGGAUGAUAUUCUGCGGUUUGGUACGGAGGAGUUGUUCAAAGAAGAAGAAGGUAAGGAAGAUGAGGCUAUUCACUAUGAUGACAAAGCUGUCGCUGAGUUGUUGGAUAGGAGUAAAGAAGGAAUUGAGCAGAAAGAGAACUGGGCAAACGAGUAUUUGAGCUCUUUCAAGGUUGCGUCAUAUGUAACCAAGGAAGGUGAAAUCGAGGAAGAGGCUGACACUGAAAUUAUCAAACAAGAAGCUGAGAACACUGAUCCAGCUUAUUGGAUCAAACUACUAAGACACCACUAUGAGCAACAGCAAGAAGACAUUGCAAGGACACUUGGCAAAGGCAAGCGAGUUAGAAAACAAGUAAAUUACAAUGACGGUGGAGUUACUGGUGAUCAAGGUACAAGAGAUGACCAACCAUGGCAGGAGAAUUUAUCAGAUUAUAAUAGCGACUUUAGUGCUCCUAGUGAUGAUGACAAGGAGGAUGAUGAUUUCGAUGAAAAAGGUGAUGGAGAUCUUUUGUCACGUAGAAGUAGGCGCCGCUUGGAGAGACGCGACGAGAAAGAUCGACCUUUGCCACCGCUUUUGGCACGAGUAAAUGGGAACAUUGAGGUUCUUGGUUUCAAUGCCAGACAACGUAAAGCAUUCCUGAAUGCAAUUAUGAGGUAUGGGAUGCCACCACAGGAUGCCUUCAACUCGCAGUGUAGGUUGGUGCGAGACCUGCGGGGCAAAUCCGAGAAGAACUUCAAAGCAUACGUCUCAUUAUUUAUGCGACAUCUGUGCGAACCUGGUGCUGACAAUGCAGAAACUUUUGCGGAUGGAGUUCCAAGGGAAGGACUCAGCCGACAACAUGUUUUAACUAGGAUCGGUGUUAUGUCACUAAUCCGAAAAAAGGUUCAGGAAUUUGAGCACAUCAAUGGUUAUUAUUCAAUGCCAGAGAUGAUUCGUAAGCCUGUUGAGCCUGUUGAACCUGUAAAAGCAGAAGGAGCUGGAGAUAGCGGAGCCACUGGUACGAGUAGUACUAGCGCGACGCCUGCUACAUCGAAUGCCCCCAGCCCCAGUCCUGCUGCUACACCAACACCCGUGAAUACUUCUAUUGAUCCUGUUGUUAAACCUACUACGGAUGCGCUUGAGUCUAAAGAUCCGAAGGAGGAUACCAAGGAUAAAGAUAAAGAGACCACGGAUGCGCAGGAAAUAAAAGAAGAGCCAAAAGAGAUUAAGGAAGAUGAUGAGCUCAACAAAGAUAAAGAAAAGGAUAAAGAGAAAGAGGAGGUUAAAACAGAGGACGGAGAAGUCGAAAAAUCCGACAAAGCUAAAGAAAAGGCAGAAGUUAGAUUAGAGGAAAAACCGGCACCCAAACUUGACGAAAAGUCUGAAUAUUCUGAAGUCAAACCGAAACCUGAAUCUGAAGAAGAUGUGGUAAUUGUCAAAGAUGAUGACGAAGAGGCAGACAAAAAAGAGGACAAGGAUAGUAAAGAGAAAGAAACGAAGGAUUCGGAUUCGGAAACAACAAAACCAAAGCGCAAAUUCAUGUUUAAUAUUGCUGAUGGUGGCUUUACCGAAUUGCAUACUUUGUGGUUGAAUGAAGAAAAAGCUGCAGUUCCAGGACGUGAAUACGAAAUCUGGCAUCGUCGACACGAUUACUGGUUACUUGCUGGUAUUGUAACCCACGGUUAUGGCCGCUGGCAAGAUAUUCAGAAUGAUAUCAGGUUUGCUAUUAUCAAUGAACCAUUCAAGAUGGAUGUUGGUAAGGGCAAUUUCUUGGAAAUAAAGAAUAAAUUUUUAGCACGGCGUUUUAAGCUGUUAGAACAAGCUCUUGUGAUAGAAGAGCAGCUCAGAAGAGCGGCUUACUUGAAUUUGACACAAGAUCCCAACCAUCCUGCAAUGAGUCUCAAUGCACGCUUUGCUGAGGUUGAAUGUCUUGCUGAAUCGCACCAACAUUUAAGCAAGGAGAGUCUGGCUGGCAACAAGCCAGCCAACGCUGUUCUACACAAGGUAUUAAACCAGCUCGAAGAACUUUUGUCAGACAUGAAAUCUGACGUGAGCCGUUUGCCGGCAACAUUGGCAAGAAUUCCUCCGGUUGCACAGCGGCUCCAAAUGUCGGAAAGAUCUAUCUUGAGUCGACUUGCUGCAACUGCACCAGGUGGAAACAGUAACCAGUCAGGUCAAGCAGCUCUUUUAGCUCAACAGUUCCCUGCCGGCUUUUCAGGUGGGCAACUACCUGCUACAUUUGCAGGUGCAGCAAAUUUCGGAAACUUUAGGCCACAGUAUUCGGUUCCUGGACAACCGCCUCAAGGUUUUACAGCUUGAACACUUAGCCCAAUUGAUGGUGGCUCAAUCCAAUACAUCUUAUAAGAUGUGGACAAAAUUCCCGACUAAAUCAUUUGCGUUGUAAUCAUAUUUUUCGUAAAUCACAACUUUUAGCUAAAUUUUCAUUAGCUAAGUUAAGAUCUAAGCACUUAACCUAAUACUUAAUAAUAAAUUCACACCCCCUGUAUUUAUUGUAUGUACAUUUAACGUCAAACAUUAACUAUGGAUCAUGUUUUUAAUGACGUAAGAUAAUUGGUACAAUCCAUACAUAAGUUGCAUACAAAUUCAAAAGUGGAAGUAUAUGUUCACUUUAUUUGCAAUUCACCAUCAUUAUGCCCAAUUCAGUGGAACGUACCGACUUAUGAAAUACCACGUUUAAAACCACCAGAUGACUUAUACACAUGCCAAUGUAUUUCAAUAUGCAUGAUUUCAACAAAUUCAUAGGUUUAUUUUCAAAUAAUAUCGUAGUUUUUGCAUUAUAUGCAAAGGAAUCCAAAUUUUUAUCUUAUUUAUUGCGAAAUGUCAUAACAAACGACUUCCCUCAGAUACAACAAUACAAUUUACAGAUAUAUUGAUGCAAGCAAAUCUACGUUUGAUAAUGGUUUGUUGAUUCAAAUCGCAUGAAUAUGCUGUACAGCGGUGUUACAUUAAAAUAUGAAAGGCAUGAAACGCUAUGCUUGAGAGAACUCUUGUUGUCUAGCACAUUACUAUAACGCAGGGGACGUUCAUCGUUGAGAAAAGUAGUGGAAAUUCUUGAUUCCGUUUGACAAGUCCUUGUUUUAAGCUUCAUCUGCUAUUGUAAUUCGUCACUAUUACAUUUUUUCUAAAUUGGAACAUAUUAAAUUGGUCAGAUAUAUCUAUAUAUAUGUACAAAUUUCAGAUCUUACCUUCGAUUUUUUCGGUUUAUUUGGAUUAUUUCAUUCGGAGUUCGAAAUAAAUCUGCAGAUUGGAGUUAAUUAAUCAUUUUUAACUAAUUGCUUUGUUAUUGUAUUUUCAUCAAAUUCGUAUCCAUUUAGAAAUACUCAACAGCAAUACAAAUAAUUGUGAGCAAUUGCAAGGCCAAUCUUGUUCCCUGUGUUAUUCCAGUAUAAUAUGUGAUAUAAUAUUACGAAAUUAACGAAUAACUGCAUACAAACGAAGAGUGAUUAACACUAGAGAAAAUUUUUAAAAAAUUGCCAAUCUAUAAAAUUCCAAUCUUUUUUACUCUGAGGAGGAAAAAAGGAGAAUGAAAGAAAAAACAAAGGUUUCAUAACAUUAUUUCUUUUUUAAAUACAAUAAAUCAGUUGAAGCGCCAAGUUUUGGCACAUGUAGAUUUUUAAGUGUAGUUUAAAUGAAGAAAAAAUGUUGAGGUUCACGGAAUCAGUUUAAGAUAACUAAGUGGAUUAAAUUUAAAAAGGAAAAAACAAAAAAAAAAUUAGCCGUAAGGAAGACAGUCUGUUGUAUGUAACAUUCCUGUCGCUGGAAUAAAUUAA